AUGUCGUCCCACGAUCAAGAACUUGUGGACCAGUACAUCAACCACAGUACUGCUCCGCUUGGUGCAAACACUGAUGGCACUGCGCCUGGCCAGAACUUGUACGAACCUGCUACCGUUACGGGCUCAAACGGCGAGCUCUCUGAUUCGACUCGCUAUGGCGCGCAGCCAAAAGACGGGCUUCCUUCGAUGAACCAACUGUCGCCCGAGGCCGAAGAGGCUGUCCAACAAAUCCUCUUCCCGAGCGACAUUUUCACGCAGGAUGGCACCUACUGGGCUGACCUACCUUUCUCGGAGAGGUGGAAGUUUUGCAACCACCAGUCGAAUUCCGAGGCUCGCCGCGAACUUGGUAUCAUCUGGCGUAUGUUCAAGUCUGACCCCUUGAGCCCCAUUUCUGCCUACUUUAGCACCUAUGUGUCGAACGGUAUGGGUAUGUUCGUGGAAGGCUAUACUCUUUUCUCCGUCGGUAACGUCAAGCCUCUUUUGCAGAACACCUGGCCACGUUGCUGGGACUACGCGAAUUACCAGAAGAAAAUUCCCCCGGGCCAGACGGUGCUCCCUACAGAGUGCGACAAAAACUGGAUCAAUGCCAUUGACUACCUUGAGAUUAUUGGUAUUAUUAUUGGUCAGAUACUUGUCGGUAUUGAAGGUGACUGGGUCGGUCGUCGCUUUGGUAUGGUGCAGGAUGCACUUGUCAUGACGCUUGGUUCCGUCAUGCUUACUUGUAUGUGGGGCGUCAACUUCAACGGUUGGGUUAUUUGCUAUGCUUGGUCUUUGUUCAUUUAUGGCAUUGGUGUCGGCGGCGAAUAUCCAAUGACGUCUACCCGUGCGAUGGAAGGCUCAGGUGACCGCUACGCUACCUCGACUGGUGACCGUAUGCACCGUGGUCGUAAUGUGCUGCUCGCCUUUUUGAUGCAAGGUUGGGGCCAGUUGUUUAACCAGGCCAUUCUCAUUAUCCUGCUGUUCAUCUUCCACAACAACCUUCAGCCCCCCUUUAAACCGAACUCGACGCAGUUUACGUUCCGCAUCUCGUUUGCAUUUAUUGCCGCCGUCACCUUGUACCUUGUCUACUACCGUUACUACAAGAUCUCGUACUCUGAGCACAGCUUGAAAGAAGCCAAGGAGCGUCUCAACACGUCUGGUUAUGAUCUCAAGUCGCUCAAGCUCGCCUUUAGCCACUAUUGGCACCGUCUGCUUGCCAGUUGCUUUGGCUGGUUUGCCAACGAUUUCUUUUUCUACGGUAACAAGAUUUUCUCAGGUGUUUUCAUCUCUCUUAUUACCGGUGGUGACGGCAAGUUGCAGGUCACUUGGCUGUACAAUUUGAUUAAUGUCGGUGUCCAGCUUCCUGGUUACUACCUGGCCGCCAUCCUUGUCGACAACAAGAUGUACGGUCGUAAGUGGAUGCAGGCCAACGGUUUCAUGGCCACCUUUGCUCUUUUUGUCGGUGCCGCUUUUGGUUACAAGAGCCUGACGAACGGAAGCAGUGCCAACCUCAAAUGGUUCCAGUUCAUCUUCUUCUUCUCCUCCUUCUGGAACCAGUUUGGUUACAACUCGACCACCUUUUUGGUAGCCGCCGAGAUUUUCCCUGCUUCCAUUCGUGCCACUUGCCACGGUUUCAGUGCCGCGUGGGGUAAGCUUGGUGCGCUUGUGCCCACCAUUGUGUACAACUACGUCAAUGGCAGCGGAAGCAUGGACGCAAACCAAGAAAAGUUUAUGAUUGUUACUUGGUUCGGUCUGGCCGGUUGGAUUGUCACGCUCAUCUUUUUGCCCGAUACCACUGGUCUCGAUUUGCGUGAGCAGGAGCGCUACUGGGAGUUUGUCAUGGCAGGUCGUCCCGAAGACUACCAUGGUGUUGCUGUCAACCCGCGCCACUUGUCGUUGUUUGAGCGUGUCGUCCUCAAGCGCCACCUUGCGUACAACCCCCAACUUGAUGCUGAGCAGAAGAUGGAAGAGUUCCGCAGCACUUACCAGAGCGCUAUGCUCAAGGCUGAUGGCAACGAGCAGGACCUCACGUUGCAGCAGCACGAAUUCCUCAACUCUGAAUUUGGUAACAAGUUUAUUCGCGAAGCAAAGCUCAUCUCGCGCGACAAUGAACGCCAUGCGUCGAGGCUGGACUCCAUUGAGAAGCGCUUGUAA